AGGCCAGGCCACCCAGCCAAAAGGCAGGCAGACAGCAGGAGAGGCACAGAAUCCGGCAUUGGUUUCGAGGCAGCCAGUUAGCCCGCCGCCUGUGUCUGUCGCCAGAGCCAUGGAGAGAGCCAGUCUGAUCCAGAAGGCCAAGUUGGCAGAGCAGGCCGAACGCUACGAGGACAUGGCAGCCUUCAUGAAGAGCGCUGUGGAAAAGGGUGAGGAGCUAUCCUGCGAAGAGCGAAACCUGCUCUCAGUGGCCUACAAGAAUGUGGUGGGCGGCCAGAGGGCUGCCUGGAGGGUCCUGUCCAGUAUCGAGCAGAAAGGCAACGAGGAGAGCUCGGAAGAGAAGGGCCCGGAGGUGCGAGAGUACCGGGAGAAGGUGGAGACUGAGCUCCGGGGCGUGUGUGACACAGUGCUAGGCCUGCUGGACAGCCACCUCAUCAAGGAGGCCGGUGACGCCGAGAGUCGGGUCUUCUACCUGAAAAUGAAGGGUGACUACUACCGCUACCUGGCUGAGGUGGCCACUGGUGACGACAAGAAGCGCAUCAUUGACUCGGCCCGGUCUGCCUACCAGGAGGCCAUGGACAUCAGCAAGAAGGAGAUGCCGCCCACCAACCCCAUCCGCCUGGGCCUGGCGCUGAACUUUUCAGUCUUCCACUACGAGAUCGCCAACAGCCCCGAGGAGGCCAUCUCGCUGGCCAAGACCACCUUCGACGAGGCCAUGGCUGACCUGCACACCCUCAGCGAGGACUCCUACAAAGACAGCACCCUCAUCAUGCAGCUGCUGCGAGACAACCUGACGCUGUGGACGGCCGACAACGCCGGGGAGGAGGGGGGCGAGGCUCCCGAGGAACCCCAGAGCUGAGCCGCGCCCGCCCCCUCCCUGCCGCGCCCCUGCCCUCUCCAGCGCCCCCGCCCGUGGCAGAGAGGACUAGUACGGGGUGGGAGGCCCGACCCUUCUCCCCGGAUGCUCUGCUCCCCGGCUCACAAGAGCUCCGAGAGAGGGACCAGCAGAGCGGAGGCCAGCUGGAGCCAGGGGGACCCCUCUUCCUGCGGCCGUCGAUGCUCCUCACCAGCGGUCAGCCCACCCACCCCUGCUCUCUGCGCCCCUCCUCCACCCCUCCCACCGCCAACCGGGCCACCUCUUCCCCCACCCCCGCCUCUCUCCCGCCCCCUGUUGCCUCUGAAUCUUAGGAAUUGAGGAGUGUCCCACCCUUGUGGCUGAGAGCUGGACUGUGUGGAGAUGAGUGUGUGUGUGUGUGUGUGAGAGAGAGAGAGAGAGAGAGAGAGCGAGAGAGAGAGAGAGAGAGAGCGAGAGAGAGCGCAAGACCCAGGAUGAGAGGGAAAGUGUGUCUGCUGGGUGUGACCAUGUUUCAAUAAAGUUCCCCUGUGACACUC